AUGGACCAGGUGCUCCGUUUGCUACGGGCACAAUGCGCCAACUGCCACCGGUUCCGUCUGCGCCGACGAGAUCUACACCGUUAUGAAUGCCUCUUCCGACUCCUCCAGCAUGGACUUAUAGCGGAGGCACAGGCAAUUGAUGCUAUUGGAGAGAAUUACCACGGUCUUGCCUCGGAAGGCAUUCCGCAGGAUGUUGUGAAUGACUCGGAUGACGACGACAAUGGGGACGGUGUCAUUCGUGCCCGUGAUACUUAUGUGCGCAGGGCGCUCGCUCAGCUUAGACUCAACCUUGGGGAGGUCCGGAGAGGCAAGCACGAGGGCUCUUCAGAAAUGCGCAGCGCUCUUACUAGUGACUUCUUUAAAGAUAUUGUCAAGACCAGGCAGUGCGCAAGUUGUCGUGCCAUUGCACCAAAAUACAGGAAAGACAGGUUUGUCAAGAUCUUCGAGACGCCUCUCUCAUCAAAAGAACUUGCCAAAAAUACCGAAGCCGGAAUCAAACAACGUGACGCCAUCCUGGCUGGUCAAAAGUCGAAGACUAAGAGUAGGAGCGGAUAUGCCUCUGACGAAGGCAUUGCUGAUCUUGAGUCACUUCCGUCUGACGAGGAGCAAUCUAUAAAUGCCGAUGAAGGCGAAGGCGACGAGUUAGAUGAGCUUGGAAAUGUCGUCACAGGCGACUCGAAGCCAAAGUCCAAUGCUGCGGCACCUCCCCAUCGUUAUCUCACUCCAGUAGAGGUGAGAAGCCGGCUACGACUUUUAUUCAAGAAUGAACAAGAAUUGUUAUCUCUAGUCUACAGCAGAAAGCCUACCAGCAAAAAGAUGGGGCCGAUUACGCCAGACAUUUUCUUCCUGGACGCAAUUUUGGUCCCCCCCAACCGAUACCGACCGGAGGCUCGCACGGGUGAUGCCCAAGUUACAGAAGCCCAGCAGAACUCGCUGUAUAAACUAAUAUUGCGGAGUUCCACGAAGUUCAGCUCCAUCUUUGCAGACGUUCAGAACGGAAGAACGAAUGGAGGAAAUUUCAGGCAGAUGUCUUCACUCCACGAAGUCUGGACAGAGCUUCAAGACUGUGUGAAUUCUCUCAUCGACAAAACGAAGAAUCCCGUGCAAGGCGCUGCCUCAAAGCGGAACGAGGAUGGGAUCAAACAGAAGCUCGAGAAGAAGGAGGGUUUGUUCCGGAAGAACAUGAUGGGCAAACGAGUAAAUUACGCAGCACGGAGUGUGAUCUCGCCGGAUCCCAAUAUCGAAACCAAUGAGAUAGGCGUACCCCCUGUGUUCGCUCGAAAAUUGACUUAUCCGGAGCCAGUUACAAGCCACAACUUCAAAGACAUGCAACAAGCUGUGAUCAACGGUGUUGACAAAUGGCCUGGAGCUUCGGCUAUCGAAAACGAAAACGGUCAGAUCAUAAAUCUGAGGAACAAAUCCCUCGAGGAUCGUGUCUCUCUUGCCAACCAGCUUCUCGCCCCAACCAACAAUAACUUUAGUGGUAUGCGCAACAAAAAGGUUCACCGGCACCUGACAAAUGGUGACGUUGUCUUGAUGAAUCGUCAGCCAACCUUGCACAAGCCAUCCAUAAUGGGCCAUCGCGUUCGAGUUCUGCCCGGGGAAAAGACCAUCCGCAUGCAUUAUGCAAACUGCAAUACGUACAAUGCCGAUUUCGAUGGUGAUGAGAUGAACAUGCACUUUCCUCAAAACGAGAUUGCGCGAGCAGAGGCACUGCAGCUUGCAGAUACGGAUCACCAGUACAUCUCUGGGACUGCAGGAAAGCCUCUACGUGGUUUGAUUCAGGACCAUCUCUCUGUUUCGGUCGCUCUAUGUAAUAGAGACACGUUUUUUGACCGAGCUGCAUAUCAACAGUUGAUCUACAGUGCACUCCGUCCAGAGAGCGGCCACGUGCUUGGAGAGCGGCUCGAACUGGUACCGCCCGCCGUGCUCAAGCCGAUAGCCCGCUGGACAGGAAAACAAGUUAUCACGACUAUCCUCAAGAAUAUCAAGCCAUCCAAUUGCGGAGAGUUGUGGAUGAAUGGAAAGAGUUCGAUUCCUGCCGCUCGUUGGGGCCAGAAUUCGGAAGAAGGCACGGUCCUCUUCCGUGAUGGCGAGUUUAUCUCAGGCAUUUUAGACAAAGCGCAGCUAGGACCUAGCUCUGGUGGCUUUGUACAUUCCGUUCACGAGGUAUAUGGACCGGCUGUCGCCGGGAAGCUUUUAAGCAGUAUGGGCCGUCUGCUGACACGAUACUUGACUAUGCGAGCGUUCACUUGCGGCAUGGAUGACUUGAAGCUCACACGCGAUGGCGAGAUGUGGCGAAGGCAGAAGCUUGAGGCUGCUGGCCGCAUCGGUCUUCAAGUUGCAGCCAAAUACGUCACCCUCGAUGAGCAGAGGCCAAAGGAGAACGACCCAGAACUUCUUAGCCGGCUAGAAGAGGUCAUGAGAGACGACAAUAAGCAGGAAGGAUUGGACAUAUUAAUGAAUAACAGUUGUGCGGAGCUAUCGAGCCAGAUUACCAAAGCUUGUCUACCCGAUGGGCUCGAGAAACAAUUCCCGAAGAAUCAAAUGCAAUCGAUGACUACUUCAGGAGCCAAGGGUGGCCUCGUCAACGCGAACUUGAUUUCCUGUAAUCUUGGGCAGCAAGUUCUUGAAGGAAGACGGGUACCGGUGAUGGUCAGUGGCAAGACAUUGCCAAGCUUCCGACCCUUCGACACAAAUGUGCGAGCUGGAGGUUAUGUUGUCAAUCGAUUCUUGACAGGGAUCCGGCCGCAGGAGUAUUACUUCCAUCACAUGGCUGGCAGAGAAGGUCUGAUUGACACGGCUGUCAAAACCUCCCGAUCCGGAUACCUUCAAAGAUGCUUGAUCAAAGGCAUGGAGGGUCUUGAGAUUGCUUAUGACACAUCUGUGCGUGACUCCGAUGGUACCAUGGUGCAAUUUCUGUUUGGUGAGGAUGGUUUGGAUAUCACAAAGCAGAAGUAUCUCACUGACUUCGGCUUCUUGCUGCAAAACUUUGAGUCCCAGCUUGCACAGACGAGAUAUCAGGAUGCAGCUGCGUAUGGUCUGUUUGAACACAAGGAGGAUUUCAACAAGAAGAGCAAAAUCGCAGUCAAGAAGGCGAAAGCAAACAUCAUCAACACUGAUGAACCUGUAAACUGUCUUGCGAACCCCGUUAGGCAUGCAUUUGCUACCUCUGAGAAAUUUUACGGGGCAUUGAUGGAUUAUAUCAAAGAAAACAAGGACGGUAUCAUCAAGGAAAAGGGUGUCAACCAGCAGAUCGUACCUGGGAGGAUCUCACUUUCACGGAAGCACGUUGAAAAGGUCAUGGCUGCUAAAUAUAUGAGGUCGCUUGUGGAACCUGGCGAAGCUGUGGGCAUUGUUGCUGGCCAGUCCGUUGGGGAGCCAUCCACACAGAUGACACUGAACACAUUCCAUUUGGCUGGUCAUUCGGCCAAGAACGUCACCCUUGGUAUUCCUCGCCUGAGAGAGAUCCUUAUGACCGCAAGCGACAAGAUCUCAACACCUUCUAUGACAUUGAUUCUCAAUGAGGAGCUUGGAGAACAGGAGGGCCGUGAAUUUGCGAAGAGCAUCAGCGUCCUGCCCUUGUCGCAUGUUCUUGACAAAGCAGUAGUCCAAGAGCGAGUCGGCAAGGGCAUCGCCUAUCCGUUGGCGAAGAUUUACAAUGUUCGACUAGAUUUCUUCUCAUCUGAAGAGUACACCAGCGCAUAUUGCAUCACCAUCACGGAUGUACUGGACACUGUCGAAAAGAAACUCCUGCCAAACCUCCAGGGCUUAAUCACCCGAGAGAUCAAGAAGAAAAAGGGCUCUGACGUUAGCGCCGCCACUCCGGAGAUCGGUGUGAAGACCGGCGUCGUAGAAAUGGCACGGCCAAAUGCAGAAAGCAGCGGUCGAAACGGGGAUGAUGACGAUGACGACGAGGAAGGCGACGAUGAUGCCACAAACGCCAAGCAAAAAGCCAACAGGAGCGAGGCAGUGUCGUAUGGGCCAAAUGACGAGGAUGAUGACGCCAUUCAAACACGACUAGAGCGCGAGGCUUCACCAGCCGAGGACGAAGAACUAGAGGAUGAAGGCUUUGGAGGUAGUCCACCGCCGGAGGAAGCUAAUGACGAUGAAGCCUCGUCCGACGCCGAAAUGGAGGCUCUAAGCAAGUCCCGGGAGAGCCGAGUCAAGUCGAAAAAUACGCAUGUCUCCCAAUUCCAGUGCGAUAAUCUGUCUGGCGAGUGGUGUACUUUCACACUUGAAUUCGACGUCAGUAUCCCGAAGUUGCUCAUGUUGAACCUUGUGCAGGAGGCUGUGCGCAAAACACUUGUGCAUCAAGUGCCAGGCAUUGGCCAAUGCACAUUUGUCCCCGACGAGAAGAUGUUGGACACUCAGACUGGGCAGGAGGUGGAGAUGCCUGUUGUGCAUACAAAUGGUGUCAAUCUCCAAGCGAUGCAAAAUUACGGGGGUUUCAUCAAUCCGAACAGGAUAUCGACAAACGAUAUUGCUGCUGUCUUGACAAACUACGGGGUUGAGGCAUGUCGAAACAAUAUUAUUCGUGAGUUGAGCAACGUCUUCGGAUCGCACGGGAUCAGCGUAGACAACCGGCAUCUGAACUUGAUUGGCGACUACAUGACACGCAACGGCGGCUUUACGCCAUUCAACAGGAUGGGUCUCAAAGGAAACGUUAGCCCAUUCACCAAGAUGAGCUUCGAAACUACACUCGCAUUCCUCAAAGACGCACUUCUUGACGGCGACUGGGACAAUCUCGCAUCACCGAGCAGUCGGCUUGUUAUGGGUCGCCUAGGAAAGGUAGGAACCGGCGCUUUCAACGUCCUAACAAGAGUGCCGCAACAGCACUUUGACCCCUUGCGAGCGUAA